CGCGGGGGGGAAGGAACGGCCCCGCGCCCCUCUCCUCCCCGCCGCGCAUUGGCUGCGGCCGGGCCCGCGGGGUGCCCCCGCGCCGCUCGCCGCCGGCCGCCCCGUCCCGUCCCGUCCCGUCCUGUCGCGGUCAGAGCGCCUCGCCGGGCGCUGCGCUGCAAUGGAGCGGCGAGCGGCAACGGCAGCCGCCAGGCGAGGAGGAGGAGGAGGAAGGGAGAGAUUAGCGCGGUGCCGGCUGGCGCAGAGGCGCGGCUGAGCGCUCCAGCGGGAGCCCGGGGCCCUGCGGACCGUGCAGAGGGAGAGGCGGAAGGAGCAGAGAUGCGGCUGCUCUCGCCGCGCUGCUGAAGCUGCCGGUCGCUCGGCCGGAGGGGAAGCAGGCAGGUCCUUCCUCCCGGCUGCUCUGCGGCGCCGAGGGUGCCUGUGCAGUCCCUCCUCUCGCUUUUAUCCCAGCCCCGGAGCAGAAGCCUCCUCCGCCGCCCCCUCUCCCUUCCUGCGCUCUUCCCACCAUGAGCGGGGCUGUUUUCACCUUAUAAAGAUGGCGGUGUGGGAUCGCUGCAACCUUUAGACUAAUGACUGUCAGAAACAUCGCCUCCAUCUGUAAUAUGGAGAAGAUGAAAGGACACUUCCUUCACUGUGUGCUUGGGUCUAAUUUUAAUCUUGACUCUACAAACUGGGAGCGUCUGACAUUUUGGAUUUUUAAAACUUUUUGGUUCUUCAAGAGCAGCUACAUGCAGUUGCCAGCUUCCCUCCAUGUGGUGCCCCAGCAUGCCCUGUGCUGGCGAUGCCACACAUACCAUUCAUCUGCCCUGGAGAAUGGAGCCUACCUCUGGGGGCACCAAUGCCUCUGCUCUGGAAAAAGACAUUGGUCCAGAGCAGUUUCCAAUCAAUGAGCACUAUUUUGGAUUGGUCAAUUUUGGGAACACCUGCUACUGUAACUCCGUGCUGCAGGCUUUGUAUUUUUGCCGGCCGUUUCGGGAAAAUGUGUUGUCAUACAAGGCCCAACAGAAAAAGAAGGAAAAUCUCUUGACUUGCCUGGCAGAUCUUUUCCACAGUAUUGCUACUCAGAAGAAGAAAGUUGGAGUUAUUCCACCAAAGAAGUUCAUAUCAAGGUUACGAAAAGAGAAUGAUCUCUUUGACAACUACAUGCAGCAGGAUGCGCACGAGUUUUUAAAUUACUUGCUGAACACCAUCGCAGACAUUUUGCAGGAAGAGAAGAAACAGGAAAAGCAAAAUGGAAAACUGAAAAAUGGCAACAUGAAUGAAGCUGAAGAGAACAAUAAACAAGAACUCACCUGGGUGCAUGAGAUUUUUCAGGGAACACUGACUAACGAAACUAGAUGUUUGAACUGUGAAACCGUUAGUAGCAAAGAUGAAGAUUUUCUUGACCUUUCUGUUGAUGUGGAGCAGAACACAUCAAUUACACACUGUCUAAGAGACUUCAGUAACACAGAGACAUUAUGUAGUGAACAGAAAUACUACUGUGAAACUUGCUGCAGUAAACAAGAGGCACAGAAAAGGAUGAGAGUAAAAAAGCUGCCAAUGAUUCUUGCCUUACACCUCAAAAGGUUCAAGUACAUGGAACAAUUACACAGGUAUACUAAGCUGUCUUAUCGUGUAGUAUUUCCUCUGGAGCUGCGUCUCUUCAACACAUCUGGUGAUGCUGUCAACUUGGAUCGGAUGUAUGACUUAGUAGCUGUUGUUGUUCACUGCGGGAGUGGACCGAAUCGGGGGCAUUAUAUUACUAUUGUGAAAAGUCAUGGAUUUUGGCUCUUGUUUGAUGAUGACAUUGUAGAGAAAAUAGAUGCUCAAGCUAUUGAAGAAUUCUAUGGUCUGACCUCUGACAUAUCGAAAAAUUCUGAGUCUGGUUAUAUUUUAUUCUAUCAGUCAAGAGAGUGACUUGGCAAACUGUGACAAUGACGCACCACAAUGCUGCACGCAAGGAAGGUGAUUGACCCCCGUGAACUGACUUUUACACAGACCACAUCUUGUAUGGUUGAACAACAAUAUAUUCUGUCUCCUAUUAAAUGGUCCAUAUGGUGUUGACUAUAACCAUUUUUGACACAUGAAACUUUAUUUUGGAGAGGGGAGUUGCUUGGUUUUUUUUAAGUCUGACAGAAAAGUUAAUUGCAGUCAGAUUUUAGUGGAAUUUAUAUGGACUAACAUUUACAGAUAAUAAGAUUUGGAUGUCAACUAUUAAACCCAAUCAAGCUAGAGUAGUAUUUUUUAUGGAAGUGUUCAUUGCAUUUAGGGCAAAUUGUUUAAAACCUUCUAAAUGGCUUUGGGGUGUGUUGACUUACAAAGCAUUCCUUUAAAUACAUUCUGAUGUGUAGUUACACAUUUUAAGUGUAAAGAAAAAAAAUCUGUUUCAUUAUGAUUGGAAUUGUGGUUGCAUAGGGGAUUUUGUUACACGCUUCUCUGCAAUGCAGGAAGAUACUCUUCCCAAAUCAUUUAUGCUUUGGGUUAUGAAAAACUUUAAGUGCAUAACCCCAAGCCUAAAACCCACAUAAAGGGAUUUAGAUUACAGUGAAACUAAGUAAUAUUGUGUGUCCAGUCACUGUGUUUAUCAUGAGAUAGUACAGAUGAGGUGAGAUUUCAGAACUGGCAGAGAACUGGGAUAAGAGGAGAGAGAUGACACAUAUGACACAGAGAAAAAGUGCAUUUAUAGAGAUUGAGCUUAUCUUUCUGUUAAAAUAAUGCAAUACAUUGUUUGCGUAAUUGAGUUUUCAGACUUACCAACACUGCUCAUGUAAAAUGUAUCCACUAGGGCUGAAAUUACACAGUCCCAUUAAAUAUGUGUUGUUGGUACAGUACAUAGUAGAAGGCUCAGUCUUGCAGUUUGCUGAAUACCUGUAGCAUCCCAUUUGCAUUUCUCAAGACACAGUCCAUUUCUUAGCAACAUGGAGAACCUUUUAAAUUAUGUAGCAACCUUUAGUUUACACAUACUCUUGUGUAUUUAUCAUCACCAGCAUUUUGGCCACCCAUUCAGCUCACCACAAAAACAGAUGGGGGUCAGAAGUGCGUGAUUUUAAGAAUAUCAAAGGUCUUAGUGCAACUGUUUGUGAUUUUACUGGGUGAAUUUGGCUUGCACUAGUCACAUACUAGUUAAUAAAAUUGCUGUACACACAUACUGGAAUUUGGCAAAGAAAGAAUGUGGAAGAAAGUAUGAACAGGGUAUGAGAAGGGAUAAAUAGUAUGUUGACGCAGUCAUAACACUGCGUAACUGGCUUUCUUGAUUUGACCCUUAUACUCCCUUAUAUAAUUCUUGAACUUCAGUAGCCAAAUUCCAAUCUCAAUGAAGUCAGCAGCAAAAACUUCUUGUUGUCUGCGAGGAGAGUGGGAGCUGGUUCUAGUAUUUAGAAGGAAAUAUUCUCAUCUCACAGUAUUUAUUUCUACGUAUUAUAUUUUAAUUCACUCUCUUUCUGUAUUUAUUAGACAAUGUUGCUUUUGAUACUACUUUUCUUUCAGAAGCCUGCCUGUCAUUUUACAGCAAAAACUCCAUUUCAAGAAAUGUUUUUUGAAGCAGAGCUAAUUCUUGUAUCUUGGUUUUCUGUAGGAGAGGGAAAAGCUUAUUUUCAUUGUAAACUACUGUGAAUGUGAAAUAUCUUUUGUUAAAUUAUGGUGAAAAUGGAAUAUUAUCUUCUAGAGUAACAUAAGUUGAAGAUCAGUUGGAUUUGUUGAUGGCAAUUUUGUAAACCGAGGAAAAGUAGCACUUUACACUGAAGGAAAAACAAAACUGGACUUUUCAUUAACAUGAUUUGAGAUUUAUCAUGUUAUUAUAUUGAUGCAAGAAAACAGAAGUAGAAUGUAACCUUAGAGUACUGACUUGGGUGAAUAACUGCAGUAGUCUACAGAGAUCAUUCACAUGAAUGAAGGUUGUUAUGUAGGCUCAGGGCAAGCAUAACUGAUAUUCAAUUCCAGUUCUUUUAUCAGUGGUGGAAUGCAAAUGUUCUAUCUACACAGAAGACAAACAUCUUACAGCAGACUUCAGGUCUCAUCAAGGCCCAUGAGUAUUUCCACUGAAAAACGAAACCUGUAAGUGUUUAGUAUCAAAUCCUUUUUUUAAUGGAUUUAUUCAUGAGCAUUCAGAAUUUCCAUAUAAAAAAAUAUAGUAAUCACUUGCCUUUUAAAACAGGAAUGUUUCCUGGUUGUGAAUAAAGGCACUUUCUAGAUCAGCAUUAACCAGUGUUGGUCAGAGCAUCCAUACUUCACAGUUUACUGCCAGACAUUUUUAGAGUAUUCUUCAAUUUCAAAACAAGCAACAAAAAAUGUAUCUUAAAUGUAUCAUUUGAAUGUUUAGGGCUUGUGUUUGUAUGAACAGUAAUUUUGAAUUAAAAUAAUUUUAAAAUCAGUUCAACUUUAGGAAAUGCUUUUCAUAUUUGGAUUGACUUAAAUGAGAAUUGAUUUUUUUAAUGUUAAUAAAAUGAAGUAAUAUUUAAAAACUAAAGCAUAGGAUAUUAAUUUUUGUUAUUCUCUGACUGCAAGACAGCUCUAGGUUGUAAAACAUAUACAGAUAAUUGCAGUAUGUUAUUUGACAGCAAAAUGACUAGAGUAAGCUUUUUUUCAUAAAGUAUGAAAAAACAUUUUAAAAAAUGAAGUAUCCAACUUUUCUGUUAUAAAUGAGAAGAGAUGGAAAAUGUAUGGCAAAGUAUUGGAAAGGUUUUUAAAGCGGGAGUUUGUGCUAGCCCACAAAAAGAUUAUGGCAGUGAUAUCACACCAGUCCAAAAUCAGUGGCCUGACCUCAACUCUAAAAAGUCGUGGAAAGUCUGUAAAGUGUGUAAAGUCUGUAAACUAUAUAAUGCUGAUACUCACUUUGUGCUUACACCGGCUAACUUAAGAAGCAUUUUCUUUUGAUCUAAAAAAAUUGUAGUUACAAUUCUGUAAAUCAUCUCCAGCCUACAAAUUCCAGUCCAGCAAAGCUGUCUGUCACAGCUAUGUGAAUAGUUCCACUUCAGUCAGCACAACUUCUCAUCUACAUCAAAUUAAGCGCAUUUGCAAGUGUUUUGCAGAAUUGGGAUCCUCCCAGGAACAAUCCCAUGAUGUAAAGUAUUUCAGUUGAUUAAAUAAAAUGUAAUCCUUUUUCUCUUAUGCUUACAUAUAGAUUAACAGUCCCUUAUGAAAGAAUGGAAAAAUAUCUAGGACAAUCAAAGCUUUUCAGCUAGCAGCUAGAAAAUAAAAUUGUAGCACAGAUGUCUAACAAUAUUCUGUGCUUUCCUAAAAUGACUGGUUUUAUGGUAUUGGGUUCUGAGUGUUUUAGGCCUAAGGAUAUCUGAAGUUCAUUACUUGUUUCACAUGCUGCUGCAUGAGAUACAUUUUCCAUUUAUAAAUCUUGUUAUUAUGUUCUUACUUACAGAAUACAGUAUUUUUUUCCUGUGCUGUUUUUCCACUAAACCCAAUGAAGUACUGCAGUGCUGAUGAAUCAGUUAUCUUAGAGGAUGAGCUCAGACCUGAACCUUUAUGUUUCACAGAACAGACUGUCAGGAUUUUAUGUAAUUUCUAUUUCUGGGACAGAGCAGAGGGAGGCAGAAGAGGGGAGCAAUGGAGAAGCCUUAUCAGUGAAAGCAGAACACUGUUGAAAUGAGUCCCACAACUACUCCUGUUGAUUCUAUUUUAAUAAUUUAAAGUUACUACAGAUCAGUAGAUAACAUCUUAAUGUCUUGUUCCUUUAGCAGUUGGAGUAAAGGAAAAAAAAAAGCCACAGGUGUUCCUUCACAUUAGCUUUAAUAAAGAUAUUAAAGACCUAACUAAGCUGAAACUGGAAUUCAUGCUCCAUGGUGGGUUCUGAAGUGCUACCACACAUUUCUUUUAUCCUCAGACAUUACAUUUCAUCCACGCAUGUGUUACAACCUCAGGCACUGAACUGACAGCUUGCAGCUGCCAGUGAGUUGAUGCCUCUCAGCAGCAGACCCUUCUUGUUUUGUCUCUUUUGUUGCUUCUGGCUGAGAAGUUUGAACAGCAUCUUUUAUUACUGAAUGUGUAUAAGAACUUUUAAGAGGUUCUCUCUUUGUAUCUGCUUUACCUUAGUAUUUUUUUCAGUAUUUGUUUUAAUUUAUUUCUCAUUUUGUUACUGUAUCUGUUUAAUAACUCGUGUAGCUAAAAUUAUUAGCCUUCUGUUUUAAUUUUUAUGUACUUUGAUUUCUUAUAGAUGUAAUCAACCCAAGCACUUUAAGCAACAAUGUCAAGCUUGUGAAAUUCCUGCCAGCUUAAUGCUUUGCCUUUGUCUUUUGCUUUUGCUUUUGCAACAUUUUGCUUGUGAUCCAACUUCUCUAGUUACAACACAAUUUCCAUUUCCACUUACAGGCUUGUAGUACCAGUUGGGGUCCAAAUUUGGGAAGUGUUUGUUCAUGCCUAACAAGGAUGCAGUAUUCAUGUCUGUCCAUUCAGCUGAUAUACCAGUAUCUUCUUGAUGAAUUGCACUGCUCGUGUACAUUUGACAGCCUUUCUUGCACUCUGCCUACUAAACUAUCUGCCUAUUGCAGUUAUCAAUGACUAGCUCCACUUCUCCCAGGAAAAAAUCUUCUUUUUACCAAACACAAGGUUAUCUGUCAAUCACUUGAUAAUAUAUAUAUUGCUCCCUUUGCUGUUUUUUGUCUGUGCCUGGUACAAUAACAAAUGUGAGCAAGCUUAAGAACUGCAUUGAUUCUGGGCCAUUGUGUGAAUACAAGCAAGGAGAGCAAUCUCUUUGCAGCUUUAUUCUCUCCACUUGGGCUCAUAUAAAGGAUAGAGAUAAUGAAGUAGAAUAAAUGUUGUUAUAAAGCCAUCCCCCCUACUAUCAAAAUUACUGGACAUUUCUUAUAUGUCACUGUCUGUGGUAUCCAUAUCAGAAAGUAACUGACUUUCUGUGCUGUUAGUUUAAGGGUUAUUCUUAGUUUUUUAGAUGUAGUAUUCUCUUUGGUCGGUGAAAAGACAAGGGUUUUUUUCCUAUUGCAACUGUUCUGCAGUAGUGACGUUUCUUCACAAUUUAACAUGGCACUUAAUAUUUAAAUAGGCCUUGGGAUGCCUUGAUUGACAUCCUUUUAAUUUCUUUCCAGUUAAUAUGCAUUACUUCAAAGAGAUUGCUUGAACCUGUCCACAAGAACCAUUUAGAUUAACAUACCCUUUUGCAUACAAGGUCAAGUAACACCUAUCAGGAGGUAUGUGCCCUCCUGAUGGGACCAUCUGGGCUAAGCCCACACCUUUUUACACACUAAUGAUUCUUCACCCCCUAGGAGAUUUUCUUGCUGGCUUUACCUGAGUAGUUUAAUAAGAGAUUGCACAUAACUCUGUUUAUUCACGGUCUCAGAGUUGCUAUAGUUCCUUAAUAAUUCCACUUUGUUGGGUUAUUGGGGCUUGGACAUCACACAGUGUAAAAUAAAUUAGUUUUUGUGUGCCAUUCACAGGGGUCAAUUUAACAGCCUAAUGAUUGUAUUCUGAAGAAAGCUUUUGCAGGUGGCAACUUCAGUAUAUGCAAUGAUACAAAAUGGUAAGUGAUUUUUCUGUGAUAGCACAGUAGGUCUGUAGGAGGAGCCGGGCUGGCCUGUAGCUUUUUAACCCUCAACUUGUACCCCAGGUAAAAUUUGUGCUUUAUCCUCUAGAUAAACCCUUCUACUAGGGCUUCCAAAGUGCAGAAGCAAACCCUUUGGGAAGGCACUUUGCAGUUCACCAAAACAUCUUGCCUGCCACAGCAGAGAAUCAAGGAAGAUUUGCAUCCCCUGCCCCAACCCUCAUUAAUAGGUAUGCAUUCCUUCAUGAGGCUGGGCUUAAACACCAGCUUCAUAUUUGCAAUGGUGUUCAUAUUUGCCAAUGUCUCAGGACAGACUGUGCUCACACACCAUAUUGUUUUCUACUCCUCUCUCAACUCUCGUUUGAACAGUAACAGCAGUGUUAGGGCAGCCAUGUUGCAGAUUCAAGAGCUCUUCCUGGAGACAGCUUUCUAGCUUCAGUGACUUUCAUUAAAGAGCACUGGCAGAAGCUCUGUAACUUAUCCUUUGCUAUUUAGGAGUGAAGCCACCAUAUGCCGUAUGAGAAUGAGUGCAGGGGCAGGGGGAAGAAGGAAGGAGAAGAAGAGGAGGAAACAUGGCAAUGUUGUCUAAGGCUCUGGAUAUGUAUAUCCUUUUGUAAAUAUGUGGACCCUCUCUACUUUGUCAAAAAGAUGUGAUCAUAAUAAAACUGCUUCAAUAUUUUGUACUAGUUUUUGAAUGAAGUAAGAGGUAAUAAAAUUAUUAGGCAUACAAUCAGGGACACAUUAUAAAAAUACUGAGUGUCUAGUAAAGCAUACUAUACACAGUGUAUGUGUACAGUUGAGUAUUGCUCUUUUUAAUCAUUUACAUGUAAUUAAACCCUGCACUAUCUGUUGAACUGUAAGAUAAAUCUCAUGUUGGUUAUGAAGGUUGUAACAUCAGAAAAGAGUUUUUUCUCCUGUUAAAGUGUUUAGAUUUUACAUAAAAUAAACUCUCCGGCUGAUCUUA